UCUUCCUUGCUGUAUAAAGGCGGGCGGUCUUCUGCGUUGCGCUUCUGAGACUAGUGGAACGCAGGCUGUUCUGCCUUACACAAGUGGGGCGCUGGCUACUCUGCCGAACGCGAGUGGGGCGAAGGCUGUUCACUUGGACAGAAGCGGACGUGGGGGAGCUCGCAUCACCGGGAGCCCCUGGUAAAGUUUGAUUCCAGAGGGAUGAGCUACGCCACCGCUACGCCAUGCAAGGUCGCCGGGAAGGAUCUCACUUAUUUGUUCCUGAGCUUAAUCCUCAUUGGUUCAGUUGCCACCACUCAGUCAAGGGUAUUUCGCCAUGAAGCAGACAUUCAACGAAGGCAGAGGCAUGGCAUGGAUGCCCAGUGUCCAGCAGGAGAAUACCUUAAGCCUGCUUCAAUCCCUAACACAACAGCAGUGUGUAUGCCCUGCCACAGUGGCAUAGACUUUACGGAGUACCCCAAUGGACUUCCCUCCUGUAUUCCGUGUCAAAUCUGCAAGCCAGACCAGGAAGAGGUAAUGCCGUGUAACGCCACCCGGAACACCCAGUGUCGUUGCAAGUCUGGCACCUUCUGUCCAAAAGACCAUCCCUGCGAGAUCUGCAAAAGGUGCAAAUCCAAGUGUCCUAGAGGGAUGGUAGAAGUCAGCUCUUGCAGCCACUGGAGUGACUUGGAGUGUACCUACCCUUUGCCAUCAGACACAAGAAGUCAUUGGAUAACGGCUUCAUUGGUGAUAGUAGUAGUAUUAUUCUUCGUGGUGGUGGUUUUUGGAAUUCUUUCCCGGUGUACCUGUGCAGUUUCUGGAGCUGAUAACUCAUCUUUGAGGAAUCCUUUGGACAUCAAGGGAUACUUACUAUCACUCCUGCAGCACGAUUAUCACCCACAGCAUCCUGAGGCCUGGGGUAAUGAACACCCUGAGAGUGAUCAUCAGAGACAAGCAAAUUCCCCUGAGAAUCAAGGCAAUGAAUACAGUGGGCGGUUGGAGGAAGUUAUAACCACUCCCAAGACCACAACAAUGAAUGGAUAUCAUCCGGGGCAGGCAGAAGCACCUCAGGUCAAUCCAAAGUCACUAUUUCCAGCUGAUGGUGACCAUAUCAAGACUUUGGAGAAGUCUUUCUUUAUCUUUGAACAGAUAGUACCCUGGGAUUGCUGGAACCAGUAUAUGAGGCAGCUGGGACUGAGCCAGAAUGAGAUCCAACAAGCCAGAGCGGCGGAGAGUAACGUCAAGGACCAGCCAAAUAGCAUGCUUAUGGCGUGGCUGAAUAAAACUGGAAAGGAGGCUACCAUGGACCGCCUGCUGCAGACCCUGGAUAAGAUACACCAGAGGGCUGCCAGAGAAACCAUCCAUGACGAACUCAUCAAAAGCAAGCUCUAUGUCUACCAGAAAAGAGAGGAUGAGAAGCCAAACUAAGAAUCUGACAUAAGGGUGGAGGUCUCAGAUAUCAUUACAUUUUAGCUUUCUCCUUCUGUGAACACAUUAACUUUGGAGAAGUAGUCACAGAAUAACCAGGUGUGAAAGACUGGGGAAUCAACUGGAGCCCUGAAAAACUCUAAACAUCUCCCUGGCUAGAGAAAAGAUUCUUCUCUCCUGUGCUCUGAAGGAACUAUUCUCUUGACCUCCAGUCACUUUGCUCUCAGACCACUUUGUGGUGUCCCAAACCACUCUGUGCAAAACAAUGGGAGUUUUUUGAAGUAGGCAAUAGCUGCCUUUCAUGUUUUGAAGUAGUCAUAUUUUAUGUUUGACUUUUUCAUAUGUUUACAUUUUUCUACUUUUGGAUAUUUGUAUAGCCCAAGGAUCUAUAUGACUACAGUGUUACAAAUGUACUACCAUGUGUAACCUUUUACAAUCUUAAGUCUUGAUUCAGGGCUUAAAAUACAAUAUAGUAUUUUAUAGAUAUAGAUAUAGAGUAUAGAGUUGUUUUUAUUCUAUAAUUUUUUAAAAAUUAGAAAAUGUAGUUUUUUUUAAUUUAGUGAAUGUUUUAAAAGUGCUAUCAAAAAAAAAAUGGUAUCAUUUUUUACUGUUCCUUGCAGUUGGAAAAACACUGACUGUGGAGGUGAGGUCAAGUGUAAUAUUGUGUGACAGGCAGGUGACUUCACUUGUCUGAUCAUUAGCUUUUUAAUUUGUGAAAAUAGAGACCAUAAAAAAAAUAUUUUUUUUACUCAUGCAUGUUGUGAGAGAACAUUCAAAAGCACUUUGAAAACUGCUACGAAGUUUUUUUUUUGUUUUUGGUUUUUUUUUUUUAGUUUAAUAAGUAUUAUUUCACUGUGGUCUGGUGGGGAUAAGCACAAGACCAGGUUCUAGUGCUCAUUGAACAGUAACUCACUGUGACCCAACAAGUCACUUUACUCUGGCUCUGUUUCUUUGAGAAAAAGGACUUGGACAGACCAGCUUUACCUAAUAUUCAAUCACUAUCA